AUGUUGCCUUCUUCCACGGUGGGCGGAUCAGCGGGGGACCAGCCGCCUCAUCCGCUGCGUCAAGACGGGAUGAAUGUCACGGCGGCGGCGGCGGCGGCGGUGGCAAGCAGCGGCCCGGUGGGGAGGGGGCAUGGAGGAGAUGUCCCCGCCAUGCCCCCGACACCUUCCAGCACCACAAGUAGCGGCGGCCACAGCAGCAGGAGCGGCGUCCGGGGGGGGAACGUCAACCUCGGGGGCCGGUCGGUGUCGCCGAUAGGGAACGGCAGGCGGAGGCAGUCCCCUCUGGCCAGGCCCCUGGGGGGAAGUAGCAGGGGUGGCGGGGCUGGGGCGGCUCCGAGGGGUGCUCAGUUCGCGUCUGCCAUGCCGCACGGGCUGACUGUGCAGGAACUCAAGGAGUUGACCAAGGUGAUGCGUCUCGCGAGGGAGGCGCUGACCGCCCCGGCUCCGCCUGCCUCCUCCGCCCUCCCGGGAACACAACAACGGAAUAACCCUGGCUCCGAUGGCGGCCUUGGCGACUUCGGCCGAGGGCGGGCUAUCUCGCCGGCCCUCAGCGGCGACCUUGGGCGGCCCCGCGGAGGGCACGCGGACAGCCGGAGUCCGGUGCCUCGCUCGAGCCCUUCCACUCCGGGCGUGGAGGAUCGGCCGCAUCGUCGCACCCGGCGGGGUGGGCGGCGGGGCCCAAACCCCACCGCGCCGCCUGCCGAUCCUGUUGUCGAGAGCAGGUCGCCUCGUCCCAACGGCCAGUACUACUCCCCCAAGCUUGGCGACGAAGACAGCCACCAACACCGCGACCUCCGGCACCACCUCUACCACGAUGGCUACUCUAGCGCCAGCCCUUCCCCUAGGAUAAGGCGGGGCAUGACGGACCCCUGGGCCUACGCCGACGACGAUCAACACCUUCGCUCGUCCUCGCAGCCGCGGGCGGUGAGCCGGGACGAUAACCAAGUGACCCCCCUAGAAGUGAGCGGCGGUGGGUCGAUUGGUCCGGCUCCCGCUGCGAGCGGGGUCGGGAGGGAGGGCGACCCGGGCGGCGGUGAGCGGGGGUCGACGGAAGCAGAAGCAGCUGCAGCAGCUGAGAGGUUGUCUGCCAUCAGCAGCCCGGACCUGACUCUCGAGGCCAAGGGCCACCCCACUUUUGGCGGCAGCGGCGACGGCGCUGGUUACGGAAGCCCGCACGGCGGAGGUUCAGGACGAGGUCGACCUAACCAGCAGCAACCGAGCACUAUGCUGCCGGAAGCAGCGUCCAGUUCCUCUGGCCGGCGCCCUGUGUCCAUGCCGUUGCCAUCGGCCGGUGGCAGCGGGCAGUCGUCGUCCCUCUUGAUGGUGGGAGACGAGCUCUGGGCGCAGGAGUUCAGAGACCUGCGGAGGCAGGGCGGCGCCGCUGGGGGCGGGCGUGGGUCUGCUGCGGAUGCCGGGAUUUCCGCUGGCGAUCACCAUGACCGCGGCGGAGGGCGGGACGGUGACCCGCUUGAGCGGGCGGCGGGUGGUUGGUCCGAGGAUCGACCGCGGUCGUUGCAUCACCUCGACCGUGGGCAACUCGCGGAGGAACGCCGGCGUUUCGCGGAAGACCAGGUUCGAGAGAGGGGUCCCGGCGGUAGCACCGCCCGCGUCCACGGCAUGAUCGGCGGCGAGCGCUUGACCCCCCUCAGUGGGUUCGAAGAAUUAGACGCCAGCGCAUCGCACGCCCGGCGCUUCUACCAGGAGCAGCAGCACCAACGGCAGUACCACCCGCACGCCUACCCUCGCAUGCAGCGGGCGAGGAGCGAUGGCCUUGUGAGUUCUAGCCACCACGCUGGCCGCGGCGGCAGCGCGAAGCUCCAAGAGCGCGACGACUUACAUUACGACGGUGUGCAGCAGCACUGCCGCCACAGCGGCUACUCCCGGGGAUCGGACGGGAGCAAGCCGCCGCCGCCGCCGCCGCCGCCGUCCGAAAUGGGCGACCGCUACCACCAGCAGCAACCCAAUCCGCACUGGCGGUAUACUAGCCGGAGCCAUACCCAGCAGCACCAGCAGCACCAGCAGCAGCACCACCGCCACUCGGAUGGUGCUGAUGUCGGCGCCCCCGGCGACGGGCCGCGGAACACCGGUGCGGGCAGCAGCCGCCACCUCCCCGCCCAGCAGCAGCAGCAGCAGCAGCAGCAGCAGCAGCAGCUGCCGCAGCUCGUGUCUCGCAGGAGCGAUGGGGGAGCGGUCGUCUCGUCCGCGGCGUACCACCGCGAUGCGGGGAGACUGACCGUCGGCAACGGGAGUGGUGGGGGCGGUGGGGGCGGGUUUGGUGGGAGGGAGGCGAUGUUUGGGGGACAUGGAGUCAGCUUGGUGCGGGGGGCGGGGACCACCGGGGGCGUGAGGCACGGGUCGCCGCCGUCGUUCGCAGAAGGCGACAUCUCUCUUAAUGCGAGAACAUUGGUGGCGGAGUCUGUUCUGGUGACGCCGAGAACCGCGGCUGGCGGGUCGCGGAAGAAUGCCGCCACCAGCACCCAGGAAAUCGCAGCAGGAGCGGCAGAGGCGGCGGCGGUGGUGCCUCCGUGGAAGGGGUCCCAGGCCGGACACUCACAGCAGCAGCGGCAGUACUCAAACGCUUCCCCGCACCCCUUUCACGCCACGGGAGACACCCGCGGCUCCGAGGAGGGUGGUGGCAGCGACGGCGGUGGCCACCCCCUCCACACCCCUGGCGGUGCUCGGCACGAUAACAGCGCGGCUGCAGCCGCCCCGACGUUCCGGCGUAAGCACGAGGACGCCCGCCCAACGUCCACCACGGCGAAUCGCGACAGCAGAAUCAACCACCAGACCGGUGGGUAUCCCGGAUGGAGCAACGGCAGCGACGGGGGCGGAGGGUUCGUGCCUGGAGGGGCUGAUUGCGGAGGCCGCGCGUCCCCGCUUAGCGACAGCCCUCUUGUUACCGGCCUCUCGUUCCCGCUCGAGUUGGCCGGGUAUGGCGGCGGUGGCGGCGGUGGUGCCCGGGUGUUCGGCAGGACGGGAAGCGAGGGUGCUCUGAGCGCGCAUGGUAGCGGUCCCGCCGCCGCCGCCGCCGCCAUUUUCUCCGCUACCCGCAGCGAGGGGAAGGCCGGGAGCGACGACGGUAGGCAGGGGACGGCCGCCGCCGCCGCCGCCGGCUUCACUGGCAGCGCGGCCGGCGAAGGCGCGGGUCCAGGAUUCGCCUCCGGCUUGUUUGGCCUGGACACGGUCGGCGGCGGAGUUGGGAUCGGGUCCUCGCCGUCGUCUCACAACAGCACCGGUCCCGUGGAUGCUGCUCCUGCGAUGAUGCCGCAGCAGCUCAACCUCGGCCGUGGCUUCGGCGGGGGCGGCGGCGCAAUUGGCUCGGGAAUGGACCCGCCGCUCCGCGCGGACACCAACAGCCUGUUUUCGCCGUUCGGACAGCGGGGGAGUGACGGGGGCGGCGGCGACGUGAUGCGCUCCGGCCACCGUCAGAGCAGCAGCGUCUCCUCGACUCCCGGUGGGGGGGAUCGCGGCGGGGCGGUAGGCGGCGGCGGCGGCCCCGUCAGCGCCAUCGGAAGCAGCCGCAACAGGGCGUCCAACCCGGCAGCUGGUGCCGAUGCCGAUAGUUCAGCCAGCCCUUGAUGCCGGGAGCGGGGUCUGGUCGGGCUUGAUUGACCUCUUGGGUGCGCCCGAAACGCGGUAGCGGCGUAGUGGGGUUUUCGCGUGGUUCAUGGCGGUCGACGCAGGCGGUGCCCGGGAAGUCAUUAACGAUGACUGGCCCCAGUCUCAACGUUAGUUGGCCACGUCUGGAGUCCGUGGGAAGAUCGUGAAACCGCUGCAGCCCAUUGAACUUGAAGCCGGAGGGGCAGUCAAGUGUUCCUCUGUGUUGUUUUUUUUGGGGGUGGUUGUAGAGGCGGCACGGGAGUGUUUCACGCUCGUCUCUUUUGCACUUGCCGGAUCAGUUUGGCGUGCAUGCCACGUUUGGUGAUGAAGACCAAGGAAGGCGGGUAUACUUUUUUGGUUGCUUUUUGUUCCGUGUGUGGCAACGUGUUCCGGGGAGGAACGCUGAAGUGUUGGAGAGAGGAGUGGCGUGUGGAGUCUGUGGGUCUUGUUUUUGUUGCUGCUGGUUGCUGGAGUGCUUGUUUGUUUGGCACGAACGACUUGCGCCGUUGAGGAAUCAGCAACUGAAAGAGGCGAAGCUGAACAUAAAGGUUUCUUCUCAAGGUUUCUUGCAUUGCGCAUCGCCAGUUGGGAUAAUUAGAGCGUUGUGCCCUGUCCACGAGAGCAAUCGCAUCUGUUGUGGCUCUCCCGAGCUCGGACAUUUGAAGAACUGCAAGCAUUGGCACCAUUGUAUCCUCCGUGUGGUUGAUUUUUCUGCAAGCGAUCCGCUCGGUCGAACGUAGCUCGUGGGAGCGAAUGGGCUAUCGUAUGCAUACAACCAAGUUGUUCUUCAGCUAUGCGGACAAGCGAAGGGAAAAAAUUCAGUGAAGUUUCGGUUCGUAGUUGUUUCAUGGCACAUUGUUGGCGUGCCGAGCGAUUGUGAUAGAGGCCUGUGCGGUGGGUCCUUCUCCUGCGCGGAGCUAGACUGCUGCGCCCUGCCGUCCACGUGCUUUGUUGUAUUUCGUAUUUGGUGCGAUCUUCUCUUGUUGUGUGUGGCGUUGUGGGGGGGUUCUGGAGAGAAAAAAAGAGGGUGUGCAAUGGUUAGCUCCAGUUGUGUUUACGUCGGGGUCUUCUUGGUGGCACCUUGUUUCCCCCUGGCCCUCGCCAGAUUCACCUCCAAAGCGUGGGUUCAUGCUAUCGUCGGCGGUAAACCGGCUUCUGGUGACGGGCGAACGAUGGGAGCGGUCGCAUGUCGUUCACGUCAAUAGUUGUUCAAGCCAGAUUGUUUCAGAUUGUUAAGCACCUGUUCCGUGUCUAGUACAACAGUAACCAUGUCGUAUUUUUUAGCGUUUUCUUGGCAUUCGUCGGACUUGAUGGUGUGUGUCUUCCUGUCUGCGCCGUCUCCUUCCGACGGCAGCAGUCCCUUUCCUGUCUUGCAAUGGGACGCGGGGUCAGAUGUUCUUGCUUAUUUGCAGACCUCGGUGUCGUUUUGAAUACAUUAUUGUUCUUCAAUUUUUUAUUGUGCAAGUGAGCUUGCCCAGGUUUUGCGGGCUCUUAUUAUUCGUUGGAGUAGCGCUGAGAUACGCCAGGGCUUUCCCCAUUCUCACUCCCGGUAGCAUGUAUGAUUUGUGCCCUUUCGACUGAUCCGGAGAUUGACGUGUCGUGCGGCGGCUCUGGCUUCGUGGGGAGGUGGGACGAUGUGAAUGAAUCCUCUUUUGAGAGUUUUCGGUUGGAGUCUUCAGCACGCAAUGAGUGUGCGGAGCGCCCUCAUUGGUCGUCUUUACGCUCGAAGGUUCUUGUUUGUUCGUAUCCACCACAGCAGACAGAUGGCUUUCAACACCGUUGGACUGCACAGGAUGCAGUCAAGGAUAACUCUUGCAGUGUUAGGAUAUGGCGGCGGAGGUGUGGCCCCGGCGAUAGCAGCAGCAAAAGUGGUCGUUAGUUUCGCCUUGGAGUGAGUGCCCUUUGGCGAAACGUGUUUUUUUGUGACUCUAGCCCAGCGCUCUCGCUUGUGCGCGCGUCGUUAUGGUGUUGGGGGCGGGUUGGCUUUGUGUUGUUGGGGGCGGGUUGGAUCACCACGAAGUUACGUUAGGAUCAGCUGUAUCCGGAGUCGGUAUCCAGAGGCGUGUGUUGCGGUGUGUCGCUUGGCGGUAGUUGUAUUUUAGGCGGCUCGAGCGCAGAGCCUUGACGAAAACCGGUGGUUGCAGGCGGGGAGGGAUCUGACGAACGUCUGCGUAUUCUGGCCACGGUUGAUCCAUACAUCCGCAUGUGUUUGUGGUGCCUUUUAUUGUGAAUUUUGAAAUUCCCACCCUUUUGAAAGCCAUGGACGGACUAGUUUCUUGGUCGACAUGUUUUCACUCGUUUUAGUUUUCGAGUCCGGGGAAAUGAGUGUGGCGGUCGGCCUUUGCUUGUUGCGGUGUGUGCCACGGCACGCGAAAUGUGAAAGCUAGGCCCACUGCACGGUUGGUUGCAGUAGUGUUGGUCAGGAUCGUACCGCUCAGAGUCGCUCACACCUCGUUGGUACCACGGUGUGGUGUAGUCAGUCAGGUGAGAUCGAGCGUCCCUCGGGCUGCCUCGACCUUGCGCUUUUGGGAAUCAGAUCGACCGUGCUCGUGCCCGACGCGCAGUGAAAGGUCGGUUCCUGCUGAGGGAACCCCAAGGUUGCCUGAGCGCGUGGCUGUGGGUGCCUUAUCUCCUGCCGCCUUGACCUACUAUGGAACCGGGCGUGGUUCGAGUAGUGAAGACGUGUGGCAAUUUCUUGGCGGCAUGCAGCCGUUCGCUGGCGUUUCGUCGUUUGCUUUCAGCGGAACGGCGUCGUCUCUGCUUUACAACGCAGCUUGAAGUAUGACGACCGUGCUGCCCGCCAAACCUGCUCGGUGAUGGUGUAGGGUAUCGAGGCCUCUCCUGGCAAAGAUGGAACUGAUCGAACAAGCAGUUAAUUCUUAUUUUUUUAGUGCUGACGUUUCAUGGUUGUAUUUGCAUAGGGAGCCCGUGUCCGUGUGUUGUUUUGGUUAGUUUUGUUCCUCGUCGUAGUUGUGCCUUAGGUGUUUGUUAGCCGCGUUGAUGCAUGCCUGUGUGUGUAUUCCCUGUCCCUUCCUUGCAAGCUUCUACCCGAUCAUCCCUGUCCUGUGCACGGAUCAUUGGGCGAAUUGUAUGGAAUAUGUGAUCUUUGUUGCCCACCAUUUCCAUGAUGGCGGGUAUGGGGAGACAGGAGAUGCGCUGCAUUGAGCAUGGCGUGCGGUGGUGUAAUGUGUUGUUUGGCAGGACGUGAAACGCACCAUUCGGCCUUCUUUCGAUCGUGGCACUUGCGGCGCACGUGUCGUGGAGUGCUUACGUGCGGCCUAGAAUGGCAGCUGUCCUAGGCUGCGCGCCCAGCCGCGAAAGUGUUCUGUUGGUCGCGUUGGAAUGGAGGGACAGGUCGCUGUGGAGCGGCUGCCCACGAACAGGCGGUGGGUAGCCUAUCCUUCGCUUUGCUGGUGUUAUGCCUUUCCCUCUUGCCUUUUGUGAAGGUGUUUGUGUUAGUGGUGCUGGUGGUUGUGGGACAGAGGGGAAAACCACGCAGCAGGACAUGUUUGUCUACAACGAACUCGUAACGUGAGGGUCUACUUCCUUACAGUCAACGAAUUGUGCAAGCAAUCGGUUGGUGGAUUCUGACUUUGCCUGCGAACAGGUAUUAGUUUAUUACAAUCAGGGGGAUGGUACGAUCAAACGCCUGGUGGGGGUUUUCUCGCGAUGUCAGCGAUGUCGGCCAUGCUCGUUUUUUUAGUUUUUCGUGACAUCGUCGCUCGUGUGUACGAUCAUUACCGUUGGUGGUUUGUUUGCUUGCAUUACCAACGGUUCCAAGUUUUGAGCUCGGAAUUUCGGAUUAAUUCGCCCGGUGGCGAUUCACAGGGCGAUUGGGCGUCCACCGCUUUGCCACGGCGAAAGCCUUCUGGAUGUGUGAUGACGUCAAGCGGCGACCCCUCGGUCAACGUUCGAUCACGCAUACGCUAGAGCUUGAUUUGGUGUUGGUAUCUUCAACGUAUUCUUCUGCAACGUGUGUGGGAGGCAAAUUCCGAGUCUGCCGCGGAUUCCGGCCGGU